AUGAUCAAACGCAUUGGAGAGCUGCACGAAGAAAAGACAAACGGCGUAGCUGUACGGUCUGCUGUCUCGUUGAAUCCUCCCGGCCUAUAUGCAUCUUCCGCUCUGAGACAGUCAUUAUCCUAUAGCAUUCGUACUCAUCAAUCCGUUGAUUUGAUACAACAGCUCACUGAUGAUGUCCUUGGCCAAGUAAUGGUAGCCAUUGACAUGAAGAAUCCGGAAGGGACACUCUACUUGUUAGGAGACAUGCAAUCAGCUGGCAUAGAAAUAUUUGAUACCUUGGUCAUCCAUACUAGGCCUACAGUACUCUUGCUUUCGCCGCGUGUCGACUACCCCAAUAGACAAGAGACGCAGGGAUCCGAGCAAGAGGCCAGUAGCCAAUCUUACCUUCCCUAUCAGCUGGACAUCCGUCCAUCACAAGAGCUUAGCUACAUCAACGCAAAGAACAAGCUAAUAGCUCUGGAGAUAUCCUCAGAGCACGAACAGCGCAUCAGGUUUCUAGUACCUCAUAACAGGAUAAUUGACCCUGAACAAAUGGAUAAUGAGUGUCUACACUUCGCAUUGCAAGACGGCAGACUCCUACACAUGUCUAGCUCAAUUGACAUGGAGAAUAAAGUGACGAUUGGGUGUGCAGGUGCCGUACUCACUCACCUUCAAAGGCGAAGAGCAACGAUAUCUGCAUCUAGUGAUGGGAUUUCAGCAUACUUCCAAGACAUUAUUAUAGCCCUUCAGAUCAUGGAGUCAGAGUCUCAUCCCAGUAAGGUUAAUCAAGGGCCAGGAAGGAAGUCCUCCGCUUCUAAAGAAGGUCUUUCAGUAUAUGGAAUAUUCCAGCGCUUUGCCUAUAGCCCUCAGCGACGAAACCAACUCAAGCAAUUCUUUCUUCGUCCAAGUACAGAUAUUGAUGUCAUACGCGAGCGUCAUGCAUUUAUUGGGGUAUAUUUGCGCCCAGACAAUAACAACCCGCUAAAUAAGCUUACGAAAAGCCUGAAACAUAUAAAAAACCUCCGCCAUGUUAUGGUUAACCUUCGAAAAGGAAUCAGUACAGGAAGUGGGAAGAUUACUGGGCUCAAGACCACAGUAUGGGCCACCUUGUUGGCUUUUGCUUUCUACGGUAUCGAUAUCCAUGAUGCACUUAAGGAAACCGCAGCCGGAAAUGAAUUAGCGUUGCUUCACAAAGCUCUUCGGAUUUUCGAGGCAGCUCAGCUAUACAGGGUUGGGAGGAUGAUCCAAGAUAUAGUCGAUAUUGAUAGCACCGAGGAACAAGGUAGGGCUGUCGUCAAGCGGGGACUAGAUCGGGAAAUCGACGAAUUAAAAGAUAGCUAUGAUGGUUUAAGCAGCUUGUUGCAAAAAGUCGCAGUAGAAAUCGCAGGUACCAUUUCUAAAAGCCUCGGUAUUGGUGUGAAUGUAAUAUAUUUUCCCCAACUUGGCUUUAAAAUUGCAAUUCCAUUGAACGAUGGGGGGGAAGCAGCGGCAUACUUCAAGGAUUUUAGAAUGAGAAAGAUGGAUGAGAAGUUAGAGAAGGAGAUUGAGAUUGUAUAUGAGCUUGCGCAGAGAGUACUUCAACAUGAAAAAGUACUUCUAGAGGCGUCAGAUAAUUUACUAAUAACUCACAGUCUCCUUGCGAUGGCACAGGCAGCAAGCUUUUAUAGACUGACACGCCCCAAACUAACAAGACAAAAUGUCAUUAACUUCAAAGGAGGCCGUCGUAUUCUCCAGGAAUUGAAGUCCCUUGGUGGGGAACCAGGAGCCCAAGCUCCUGGUUCCUUGUCAAAAUCCCAUGCAGAUUUCAAAACGGAACAUACUCCGAGCAUGUUACUACUAACCGGUCCAAAUUAUUCGAGUAAGAGUGUUUAUAUGAAGCAGGUAAUCACAAAAAUCCCAACAGAGCAUAGUAGUUUUGUCCCAGCAGAGAGUGUUGAGAUAGGGGUAACAGAUAAGAUUCUGGUCAAAUCCAAUAGCGAAGAUACUGUUUCUCAGAAUGAGUUUGGCAAGGGUACCAAUGAGAGCGGUCUGUUACUUCAACAUGGUAUUGGGCUGAUCUGCGGAAUCCUCAAGCACUUGCUUGAAGUCGAAAAUGCACCAAAGGUCAUCGCUGCAACACAUUUCCAUGAGAUACUUGAGAAUGAGUUUUUGAAGCCAGGGCCUCGACUGAUACUUGGUCAUAUGGAGGUUCAGGUCAGCGAAGAAUGCCGCAGCGCGCAAGACCAAAUCACCUAUCUAUAUAACUUCCGUCUAGGCUGGUGUGAUAAGAGUUAUGGACCGAUUUGCGCAGCCCUAAACGGAAUCAAUGAGACAAUUGUGGAACGGGCAAAUGAGCUUGCGUCUCUAGCUGUUCGUGGAGAAAAUUUGACAGCUGCCUGUGCCAUGUUGUCAGAUGAAGAAAUGCACACUCUGGAAGAAGCGGACAUACUUGCAAGAAAAUUCUCGAGUCUAGAGUUAUCAUCAAAAGAAAGCUCCGGAAAGGUUAAUGAUAUGCUCAACAUGCUUGUAGAGGAAACCAACGGAGGAGGUAUAGCUUAA